ACCGCGGCCCGGAGGCUAGCCAUGGCUUCUCUGUGGUCCGCUCCGCCCUGCAGCCCCGGCUCGGCUCCGGAGCAGCCCCGGCAGUAGCCAGAGCCGAGAGGAGGAGCCGGAGGAGGCGGCGACGGCGGCGGCAUGGGGGAGAAAGCGGGAACCAGGGUUUUCAAGAAGUCCAGCCCCAACUGCAAACUCACUGUCUACCUGGGGAAGCGGGACUUUGUGGACCACCUGGACAAAGUGGACCCCGUAGAUGGCGUCGUUCUUGUGGAUCCGGACUACCUGAAGGAUCGGAAGGUGUUCGUGACGCUGACCUGCGCCUUCCGCUAUGGCCGUGAGGACCUGGAUGUGCUGGGCCUCACUUUCCGCAAGGACCUUUUCCUCGCCUCGUGCCAGGCAUUCCCCCCCACCGAGGAGGCCCCCGAGCCCCUCACCCGCCUGCAGGAGCGGCUGCUGCGGAAACUGGGUGCCAACGCCCACCCCUUCAGUUUCCUAAUCCCCCAGAACCUGCCAUGUUCGGUUACGCUGCAGCCGGGACCCGAAGACACCGGAAAGGCUUGUGGAGUAGAUUAUGAGAUCCGGGCCUUCUGUGCCAAAAAUGUGGAUGAGAAGAUCCAUAAAAGGAAUUCCGUGCGUCUUGUCAUCCGCAAGGUCCAAUACGCCCCGGAGAAGCCCGGCCCGCAACCCAUGGCUGAGACCACCCGCCACUUCCUGAUGUCCGACCGCUCUUUGCACCUGGAAGCGUCACUGGACAAGGAGCUCUAUUACCACGGUGAGCCAAUCAGCGUCAACGUUCACGUUACCAACAAUUCCAGCAAAAGUGUCAAGAAAGUGAAGGUGUCUGUGCGGCAGUACGCGGACAUCUGCCUCUUCAGCACAGCCCAGUACAAGUGCCCUGUGGCACAGAUGGAGCAGGAUGACCAGGUGGCAGCCAGCUCCACCUUCUGCAAGGUCUACACACUCACGCCGACGCUCACCAACAACCGUGAGAAGCGGGGCCUGGCGCUCGAUGGGAAGCUCAAGCACGAGGACACCAACCUGGCUUCCUCCACCAUCGUGAAGGAAGGCGCCAACAAGGAGGUCCUGGGCAUCCUGGUCUCCUACCGGGUCAAAGUGAAGCUGGUGGUGUCCCGAGGAGGGGACGUCUCCGUGGAGCUGCCGUUUGUGCUCAUGCACCCCAAGCCGCCUGACCAGGCCUCCUCCACCCAGCCCUCGUCAGGUGAGAGCGGGCACCGCCCACCCAGGGCCACCGGCGUCUUGUGGGGUUGGGGGGUGCCUUUCUGUGGGCUCACGACUCACUGGCUCUCCUGUUCCCUCCCAGCUGCCCCAGAGACGGAUGCACCGGUCGAUGCCAACCUCAUUGAGUUUGAAACCAACUAUGGGCAGGACGACGACAUUGUGUUCGAAGACUUUGCCCGGCUCCGGCUGAAGGGUCUCAAGGACGACAAAGAAGACGACUAUUUCUGCUAGGGAGCUCCCC